UUUUGCGCGAGUCGCUACAAUCAUGAUAACACAAUCCAGGGUUUCGCCGGGCAUGUGGUGUGCCAGCAUCAAUAAUUAAUUUUGGAAGGUUUUUCACCGAAAAUGGAACUUCUUUACUAUAUUUUUGUCUCUGUCACUGCACUUGUAACAUUUCUUGCCAGUUUUUUCCACUUCUCCCCAUCAGCGUUGGAUUCUUCAACCAGCCUGGGCAAUCCGCCUUCGUCUGUGGAAAACUUAUAUUUAAAGUCAUUUUCGCUGACUAACUCCAGUUUGUACCACCCUGUCGUUGAUAAGGUUGUUUUGAUGGUUGUCGACUCAUUACGCUAUGACUUCCUAGGUGACAAACUCUUGUUGGACAGGACUUACAUGCCCUAUGUGUCAUCAUUGCUACGGAAUGAUGAGACUUCAUGUAUUACAAAAGCAACAGCUAGUCCUCCAACUGUCACCAUGCCUAGAAUCAAGGCUAUAACCACUGGAAUGGCACCAACUUACAUUGACAUCAUUCGAAAUUUGAACGCAACUCACGUCAACGAUGAUAAUAUCUUACUGCGGGCACGAAAUCAUGGAUUAAAACUCGCUUUUUAUGGAGAUGAUACUUGGCUAAAAAUGUUUCCUGGGUAUUUUCAAAGAAGUGAGGGCGUGACUUCCUUUUAUGUCUCUGAUUACACAGAGGUUGACGUGAAUGUGACCAGAAAUGUCGUUGAAGAACUAAAGAAUGAUGACUGGAACAUCUUAAUCUUGCAUUAUCUAGGAUUGGAUCAUAUUGGUCAUGUUCAUGGUGCUUUCAGUGAUUUGAUCCCUGAAAAAUUGAAAGAAAUGGAUUAUGUAUUCCAAUUGAUACAUGAUCACCUAACUGAAAAAAGGAGGAAGACAAAGAAAUCAUUUCUAAUGAUUUUAUGUGGUGACCAUGGAAUGAAAGAUCAAGGAGGUCAUGGAGGAGCAUCCGCUGAUGAAACUACUGUUCCUUUUGUGACUGUCGGCUUGCCUUGUUCUUCUGAGGAAAAGAAUGCAAUCACACAAUUAGACAUCGUUCCGACCUUGUCUGUCUUAAUGGGUUUGCCUAUACCGCUCAAGAGUAGUGGAAAUUUGGCUUUGAAUCUGCUCAGGUCAUUAUCAACAAAGCAGCUUCUGUUCAGUUUAUUCUACAAUAACGAGCUCCUUGCUCAAAAGUACGCCAAACUGAGGCGCCUCUCUAUUGAAGAUGAGUGCUAUAAGGAUUAUUUAGCGGCAAAAGAUUCAUACACUAAAUGGUCUCAAUCAACCGGUGCUAAUACCGAUGCAUUGAAACCUAAUUCUAUUCUUCUUUUGGCCAAAUCAUCAAAAUGUAUGAGCUCUGUUAUCAUUGCAAGCGCAACUACCUUUGAUUUACCGUCAAUGCUCUUCGCAAUCGGACUCUCGGUUCAAGUUACUGUUCUUCUUUUCUUCCGUCCAGAUCUGAAGACAACUUCUGUCUUAGGCAUACUUGUAUUUGGAUUUUUGGCAGCGGCUACCCUGCUUUUAUUAGGAAACAUGUUUGUCUGCGAAAGCCACUCAGCAACGAGCCUCUGUACAAACUCAAUUUCCUCAUUUUUUCUUCUACUUGUGUUUUGCGUAAACUGCACAUUAUUAGGAUUAGGCCGGGCUCAAUUCAGCUCUCAGAAAUUAAAUCUACGUAACCGACUACUUGCGUUCUUGAGUUUUGGAACUUGUCUCCACCUGGUUAGUGUUAUUUCAAGCAGUUUCAUCGAAGAGGAGCACCAAAUAUGGUAUUACCUUACUCCCUCGUUCGUCAGUUUACUUCUGCUGUGCGUCUCAAAUUCACGGAAGAAUCUCAUACAGCUGAUAAUAACAUUAUGCAUGUUCAGGUUUUUCCGUAAACUGAAUUCUACAGGAGAUAAAUGGGCGUCUGAGGUGGACAUCGGAGAUAUUCUCCAGGAGAACAGGAUGUUUCUCUCUGGAUUCACUUUCCUCAGUCUAUUUUUCAACAGCCUUUGCCUUAUUUGGAUACGAAUCAAGUUCUACGCCUCUAAGUUGCCUAGUAUCCUGCAUUUGGUGCUACUCCCUAUAUUGGCAACGAUUCAUUUCACUUUCCAAAUGAUUGUCAAUAAUUUGAAUCCAUUUUUCAAUUUGAGCGAUCAUUAUCGGGAUGAUGACAUCAGUUUCCUCUCAGCUCUGAUAGCGUGGCUCUAUUGGAUUGUCAGCAUAGUCAUUUUGGCUGAAGAUAUCAUAAAGCUCUACAUAUCCCGAAACCAAAUCACAAGACUGGAAACGUGGAGCGAGGUCUUUAGGAUAAUGUUGAUGUCAUGGCUGUUUUCCAUCGGGCUUCUUCAGAAACCGCACAAUAUAAUUUUGAUACCGGUGUUCGUCUUCGUCUGUCACAUUAUUCAGAAAACAUUGUUUGACUUGUAUGAGAGUAGCGAACUUAUUCUUUGUAUCAUUCACCACUGGCUUGGACUCCUGUUUUACUUCUACCAGGGCAACUCCAACAGUCUAGCAACUAUUGAUGUGUCUGCAGGGUACGUUGGUUUGACUCACUUUAAUUUUGCGCAUGUUGGAUUUCAAAUAUGUGUCAGUUUGUCAGCAUAUCCUAUCCUGUCUUACAUUCUGCUUUUAAACUACUUAAUCAGGACCUCUAACUGUACUCAAAGCUUUUUAAGAAAAAUCAGACGAGCAAACAAUGUCCUAAUGACGAUCCAGAUUAUUCAUCUAACGUUCUUCCUAUUCGUGAUCACUCUCAUGAGGUAUCAUCUUUUCAUUUGGUCAGUUUUUUCACCGAAGUUACUGUACCUUUCUUACCAUACUAGUGUUUUCUUUGUACUUGUGACCGUUUUCGAAGCAAUUUAUCUAGUUUUGGAAUAUAAUGUCUGAGGUAAGUUAAUUCUUUGCCAAGUUCAAAACAGUUUACCCUGAAUCAUUUACACACUUGAGAAGGCUGAGCUCCGUUAUUUUAAAAAAAAAAUGCCUCCAUGAGAGAAGAGUCCUGCAGUGGUAUGAUUACUGAACCUAUCGACGGUGUAAGUAGGCAAUCACGUAACUCAGUUUGCGACGUUGCAGACUUCCUUUCAUACUUUAUUUUUUUAACGGAAAACUACUCAACGGCAACUCUUUAAAACUGUCAUAAUUUUUCUUCUCCGUGAGACGAAAAUUCUGCAUAAACUUCAAGGAAUGAUUUCAAUUUAUUCUCCUUUCAAAAAAUAAAGUAGAAGUGUCAGACACCGCAAACGAGAUAUGUGAUUGCAGACUUACGCCGUCGCCAUGUUGGCAUGACACAAGACACAGUCCUUUCUUGACCAUGCGGCAUAUUGCACUUUGAUGUCUUAUGGCCUGUUUUAAAAUUUCCAUAAUCGGUCUGUGGGAGGCAGGGUACACAAUAGUGAUCAAAACUGCACUUCAUGUUUUUCGAGUUCUGCUGUAAUAGAACUUAAUUCAUCUAUGUGGUUUCUUCAGAAGGAGCCAAGACUAAUUGGAAUAUAAUUAUGUAUAUUAUUUUGUGGAAAUGCUCCAACCAGUCUGUGAUAUUAGUGGUAUUAUGCACUGUUUUAUUUUGUAAAUUUUUAAGGAUAAAUUUUGGAUUGGUUCCCUGUUUUUUAUUUUACAAUAAACAGAACCAAUCUAAUUUGUGCUAUUUCUUGCUCUUGUUUCCUCUGAUAAGCUACUUUUAAAUUUUUAUCAAUUCCUGAUUUUGACGUCAUGAUUGGGCAAAGUUCAGUAAAAAAAACUCUCAGAUUAAGGAAUUCAAAUCACCAAAGUUAGAACUUGAAAUUUUUAAUCAACUUUUCUCAUAUGAUAACCUCUGAUAUUAGACGGAAAGAUUUGUUUGUACUUCAAAGGACUGGGCACAAAAACCAAGAAAUUUGGGGUUGGCUGAAUUUCAAUUUUUUUUUAUGUAUAUGAUCUUUCUUACAACCCUCUGAGCAAGAUGAGUUUUUAAAAUUGAACUUUCUAUGUGCCACUCUUAAGAAGCAAUGCUGGAAAAAGGGGUUUUUGAUAUUUUAACUUGCUAUUUGUAUUAGAAAUGUUGCUGCACCUUAUUGGUGAUUGAGAAUAGUUGAAGAGUUAGAGACCUUGCUGGUUGAGAAGAUAAAACAGACGAAAAGAAUCAAAUUCCUCUGAAUAACAACAGCGUGCAGGGCAGGAUCCACAUAGACAUGGUUACAGUCCCACAUCUCCAUCAGAAAACGUGUAUAAAAAGGCGGUCAAAUUUUUUUUCAACUACGCUCUUUUCGAGAUUGGCACAUAGAAAAAUUGAUUCGAAAAACUCAUUAAGCACAGAAAA